GUACAAUUAGUAAAUUUAUAUAGUGUUGAUUGAUUGGUGUCUUGAAGUGGUCAGAGAUGGCAAACGAUCCGUUGAGCACAAAGUUCUACGAGAAGCCGAUGCAUGGCUUUCCUGAGGGCCCGUUUCGGUCCAACAUCAGUGAGAUCUUCGGUCACAUUCACGCGACUCAGUGUCAGAUCGGGAACUCAAAGCCCAGAUGUGCUGAGUUUCAGUUGAAUGCCGUCGAGUGUCUCGAGGCUUACGGCGCGAAACGCGGCCGACGGGUCUGCAGUCGAUAUCUCGACGACUAUCAGGAGUGCAUCCGUGGCUAUAAACAGUCCCAGAGAGUGAAUGAGAUGACCAAAGAGAGACUGAAGCAAGUGAUGAGAGGGGAGCGCACUCUCGACAACUAUCACGACAAAGUGAAGCCUCCGAGAGAUGCCUAUCAGUUCGGACCCUUUCAUCCCUAACCUCUCUAACACUUCAUUGUGUCCAACAUUUUUGCCAUUCAAUCACUUUUUUAGUAGCGUUUAGUUUUUAGCGAUGAUUUGAAUGGUGUUAUGAAAUACUUUAUUGGAUUUGAUUAUUAGAUAUUAUUAAAUGAGAUGUCAUUACAAUUGUAUUAAAAAUAUGUUAAUAAUAGGAAAAUAAAUAUAAUUUAAUUGUAAAA